CUAAUCCAUCGAUUCACGUACAUUAAAAAAAAAUCUCUCGCAAUUCAAUGACGUGUGCAGCUCUUAUCUUGUUGAAUUAUUGUUAAUCCACAUUCGCAACUCUUUGCCAUUGGGUCGUUAAAAAACUGUCAGGCCGAUUAUCGUUAUCUCGAUAUUGUUAUUAAUUUCCAUGAAUUAUUUAUAGAAUCAUCAAGUGGUGGAUAAAAAUUAUAUGCCAUUCAUGCUUACCAUUAAUGACUACAAAGUGCAUGUUUCGUUGGUGCCAGACUGUCCGUUCUGUUCUUAUCACUCGUUAAUUGUCGCGAUAGUGGAUGAAUGUUUGUAUUUUGAUCGUAAUAAGCUCAAGAUCGGGGGUUUCAGGACUAGUAAUCGCUGAUAUGGUUCAUUAAAUUUCGAUAUAAUUUACAUCACCAAAUAAUCAUGCAUCAUUCUCUGGAACUUUUCUGACGUAUGAAGAAAAAAUAAUCGAACUGAUGCAAUUGUUUGAUCAAUAAAUCAACCUGAGGGUUGUAAUUUUUUACCGCAAAAAUCACUGAAGAUUAUAUUAAAAUGUCAUAAAAAUUGUCGAUUGAUUUGUUAAUUGAAGCUAUUCAUGAGGAGACACACGAGUUUGAAACGAAAUGGUGACGCAUUCAACUUGAUGAAUCGGAAUUGACGGAACAACAGGCUAGAAUGAGCCAGUGAAAUUCGAUUGCUCCAAUGAAAAAUUGAUGCAUUAGAAUUAUCGAGACAUGAAGGAAGAGUUCAAGAUAAAUUCGGAGAUGGAGCCAAGCGAGAGGACAGCAUUAAAAAAAAAAUUGGAAACAUUCGACGAUAUUUUGCCAUACGUUGGAGAUUUUGGAAAAUACCAGUGGUACUUGCUAUUUGCGCUGUUUCCAUUUUGCAUAACAUAUGCUAAUCUCUAUUUCUCAACAUUUUUUCUCACACUUGUGCCACAAGAGCACUGGUGUCGUGUACCUGAGCUCCAGGGAGUCAACCUGACGAUGGACGAGAGAGUGAGAUUAUCAAUUCCAUCAUCAUCUAAAUACCCGUACUACGAUAAGUGCAACCGCAAGGAUCUGAAUUUUACGGAAUUGUUGGAGAAAAAUAAUUUAACAGCUGCUGCGUGGCAGACGGAAAAAUUAAUACCGUGUGAUCACUGGGAGUACAACAAAUCUGUGGUACCUUACGACAGCGUUGGCAGCGAGCUGGAUUGGGUAUGCACCAGGGAGUACCUGAUUUCUACAGCUCAGGUAAUUUUUUUCCUCGGUUCGAUACUAGGUGCUUUUUUAUUUGGAUGGCUAGCUGAUAAUCGGGGUCGUGUACCAGCUCUCGUUGUCUGCAAUAUCGUCGGCUUUCUCGCAACAAUUGCCACUGCCUGGACCAACAGCUUCACAACAUUCGCCCUUUGUCGAUUUAUUUCUGGACUUGCGUACGAAAAUUGCAUCAACAUCCCUCUGAUCCUAGUUGUUGAGUACAUGUCAGUCCACCGUCGCACAUUUGUAUUCAAUAUAGCCUUUGGUAUUCAUUUUGCUAUUGGAAGUACUCUUUUACCCUGGGCUGCUUACUACAUCGCCAAUUGGAGACAUCUUGCUUACGUCGUUUCAGUUCCCAUGGCAAUCGGUAUCUUCACACCCUGGAUUUUACCAGAAAGUGCACGAUGGUAUGCGUCCCAUGGGAAAUGGGACAAAGUAGUGGAAAACCUCAAGAGAAUAGCGAAAGCCAAUGGAAAGAGUCCGGACCCCAGGAUCUACGAUAUUUACGUGCGGAAUGCGAGUAAUGCCACUAAACUAGAUGAAUCAGCAUCAAUGCUCGAUCUCCUCAAGACUCCACGUCUGAUUAAAAUCAUUAUCCUGACCACUGCCUUCUGGACUUUCACGAUAAUUUGCUUUGAUGGCCACGUGUAUUCUCUGAAACUCCUGCAGAGCUCCGUAUUCGUAUCGUUUUCCCUCGCCUCGGCGACGGAAUUACCUGCGGGUCUUCUAGUUACCCUCAUCCUGGAUCGCUGGGGGAGAAGAUUCUGUGGAUUUCUCACUGCCGCUGGAAUAAGCGCGUGCAGUUUCGCUGAGUUAUAUCUUCCAUCAACUGGUGGAAAAUUGGCUUCAUCGGUGCUCGCUAGAUUCUCAGCAAACAUGGCAGCUAAUAUAGGGCUUCAAUAUGCUACUGAAUUACUGCCCACACCCAUCAGGGCUCAGGGUGUUGCUCUGGUCCACGUUUUUGGUAUCAUAGGGCACACGGUUUCACCAUUUAUUGUUGAUCUUGCUGCCAUUUGGGAAGGAUUUCCAAUGAUGCUAGUUGGGGUCCUUUCUUUGGGAACUUCUGUCUUGGUUCUUUUUCUUCCAGAGACGAGGGGACGACGACUGCCUCAAACCCUUGAAGAGGGUGCGAAUUUCGGAAAAAAUGACAGCUUCUGGUCCCUCCCCUGCUGCGGAAAACCUCGGGACGAGGAAAGUUCAGCUCAUAAUAGUCACUCUCGAUGAUCUCAUUGUCUCAAUCAUAAAAUAAAAGAACAAUUAUUUUGUAAUUUAUCAAUUCACUGAGAAAGUAUUGUCCAUUGAAUUUUUAUUCUGUUUAUUUUUCAGCGUGUAUCAUGAUUGAAAUAUACUGUAAUUGAUAAAUCAUUUAAAAUA